AAGUCGAAAUGUGACUUGUUUUUACUGAAAUGUAGACAUUAUUUUCAUUGAAUUAAUAGCUAAUCUAUCCUAUAAGUCUAAGMCUACAUACAGCAAAGUUUGAAGCGCGUUAGCUUAGACAUUGUCGCGUUGAAACGACAUUUUAUGUCCUCCAAAGAUCAGCUGUUUCAAGAUCGAGUUUGAAGUCAAAAACUCUAGAACUUCGAAGGAUUUUGACCACARGAACUUCUUUAAUACUGGACUGUCUUCAAUUCUAGUAAUUUUAAAUAUCAGAAAUGGUGUCCAGCUCGUUGAAGAUGGCAUCAAAGAAGGACAAGAACUCAAAAACACAAAACUCAAACAUGAAAGUUGUUGUGCGAGUUCGUCCACUGAAUGGCGUCGAAAGUUCCACAGCACAGGGAAGCGUCAUUCGUGUGAUGGACCAAAACGUGCUUGUUUUUGAUCCUAACGAAGACUACAUUGUCGAUGGAGUCUUAGAUGGUUAUAAUUGCACUGUAUUUGCAUACGGUGCGACAGGAGCAGGGAAAACRCAUACAAUGCUAGGCAGUCCGUCUAACCCAGGCGUCUGUUUUCUGACAAUGAUGGAUUUGUAUAGUCGCAUAGAGGAGCUGAAGAACGAGAAGACAUGCGAUGUAGCAGUUUCGUAUCUCGAGGUUUAUAAUGAGACGAUCAGAGAUCUUUUGCUGCCUGGACCUCCACUUGCUGUAAGAGAAGAUCCAGCAAGAGGCGUGUGCGUCAGUGGUCUAACAUUGCACAAGGUAUUUGUUCGUCAAAAGGACAGAACAGCAGGMCUUCAAGCAGACGUUCGCCUGGCUAAAAUGACACUAAUCGAUCUAGCAGGUUCUGAACGAGCUAUUGUCACUUCAAAUCGUGGGGCACGCUUCCGUGAAGGUGCCAACAUUAACAAGUCUCUUUUGGCUCUGGGUAACUGUAUUAAUGCCUUGGCUGAUAAAGAGAACAAAUCAGGCCACAUUCCCUACCGUGACAGCAAACUCACCCGUCUUCUGAAAGACUCUCUUGGGGGAAACUGCAGGACAGUAAUGAUUGCAGCCAUCAGUCCGUCGAGUCUUAGCUACGAGGAUACGUACAAUACUCUGAAGUAUGCUGACCGGGCGAAGAGCAUYAAAGUCAAACUAUCCAAGAAUAUUGUCAGUGUAGAUUGGCAUGUCAGUCGAUAUGCAAAGAUAGUCGAUGAACUGAGGACAGAGGUUGCAGAGCUGAAGGACCAAAUCAAGCGAUAUGAGGAGGGCGAGAUUGUCAAACAAACACCACUGAGAAAUGACAAAAAGAAUGAAAUUCAAAACUUGAAAGAAUCGCUGAAGAACAUCACAAACGAGAGAAUCGSCAUCAAGAAAGAUGUUGUCGACAUCGAGGCAGCGCAGCGCGACUUGUUGUUCAAAUCUUACAAAAAGGAACGCAACCUUGAGAGAGUUCAUCUUUUGUCCAUCGAUGGAGACCAACGAGAAAAGGCUGCUGCCAAAACCCAGAAAUGUCUUUCCGUCACGAGAACAAAGAAAAAGAAAUUAGARACGAGAGUCAGAGAAACUGAACAAAAAUUCCAGAGUAACACCCAGUCCUUCGACCGCGUCAAGCAGGAAAUGACGUCACUAGCAUCGUCAAGCAAAGAACUCGAAAAUGACGUUAUAAACUACCAAUCACAYUUAAGGGCGGAGCUGGAAUGUGCUGAACUUCGCAGACAAUGUCGAUAUUUUACUAAAUAUACACAAGCACAAGAGAAAGAUGCUCAGGCUACGGAGAGGCUUUUAAUCAGGGUUUUGUCAGCUUACAAAAACCAGUUUCUUCUACUCAAAGAAUCUGGUCUCGCAACGCCUGACAUUGAUGAAGAAUACAACAACAUCGUUGACAUGGUUACGGGAGGCCGCGAGGUAUCAUGGGCCGACCAGAGUGUCAUGGAGAACGACCUCAAUAUGUCGGCGAUGCACACCGUCAAUGAUGAAACUGUUCUUAUUUCAACAAACUUCAAUACACCGUCCAGUCUAGCUGUCACCUCUAUCUUGAAGCAGAGAUCGUCACGAAAAUCCAAUUCAACUCCAGUCCACUGCGAACCUCCACGGACACCAUCCCAACCCAUCGCCCUUAGCAACGCAAGUUCUUUAGGAAUGCAGGAAUCACGUGCAUCCCUUCUCAAGAAAUUCGACGAGACCACGCCYAGUAAGCCUUCAUGGGCCAAUGAAACGUUUACACUGGAGAACGGCCCUUGUAACGCAACUUUCGAUCUUGGUAGUCACGCAACGCCUCUUCGUGACAUAAAUAAGGCGACUCCGACUGGUAAGGUGGCUUGGAUGGAGCCUCCCACAAGGGGAACACCAUCGGUUGUUUCUGGCAUUUCAGGGGAAUUGAGUAUUUCUUCGUAUCUACCGGAAGCUAACACGCCAAAGAGAGUUUUACCAGCUGAGCUGCUGACGCCACUAAGAGAUCUGUCGGUCAACAAGCGAAAAACGGAUACGCGUCCCAUUACGUACGAUACGCCCAACAAGCAACCGAAAAUUGCAGAACUAGCUCGCAAGAACGAAGAAAAACCUCAGCUAGGCAUGUUACCGAUAAGGUGA